CGCCGCCGCGCUGACCGGGAAGCAGUUCCGGCCGGCCGCCGCGGUGACUCAUCCGCCCGGUCGCGUUCCCCCCGAGCGGGCCAUCUUGGUGCGGCCAGUGCGGCUGACCGAGCCGCGGAAGAAGCCGCGGAGACCCCAGCGCCAGAACAGCCCGGCCUGGAGGCCAGCUGCCCGGUGAGGCCUGCACAAGGAGCCGCAUCCCAAACCAGGCCGACAUCCUGAGGCCUGAGCCCCGCCUGCCCUGCAUCCCAUCUGUCCUGCACCCGCCCUGCCCUGACUUCUGACUGGGCCCGCCCUGCUCAGCAUCCAAGGCCCCGCGUCCUGGUGCUCCGGAGCCCCUGCUGCCCGUGCUGACCGGCCAGCAUGGUCCAACCGCAGACCUCCAAAGCCGAAAGCCCGGCCUCGGCAUCCGCUGCGAACGCCCAGAUGGAUGACGUGAUCGACACCCUGACCUCCCUGCGCCUCACCAACUCUGCGCUGAGGCGCGAGGCCUCCACACUGCGGGCCGAGAAGGCCAACCUCACCAACAUGCUGGAGAGCGUGAUGGCCGAGCUGACCUUGCUGCGCACCAGGGCACGCAUCCCGGGAGCUCUGCAAAUCACCCCACCCAUCUCUGCCAUCACCUCCAAUGGAACUCGACCCAUGACCACACCUCCAACCUCUCUGCCCGAGCCCUUCUCGGGAGACCCCGGCCAGUUGGCAGGGUUCCUGAUGCAGAUGGACAGAUUCAUGAUCUUCCAGGCCUCCCGCUUCCCGGGUGAGGCUGAGCGAGUUGCCUUUCUUGUGUCCCGACUAACUGGGGAAGCAGAGAAGUGGGCCAUCCCCCACAUGCAGCCUGAUAGCCCCUUGCGAAACAACUACCAGGGCUUCCUGGCAGAGUUGCGUAGAACCUACAAGUCCCCGCUGCGACAUGCGCGGCGCGCCCAGAUCAGGAAGACUUCCGCCUCCAAUAGGGCUGUGCGAGAGCGGCAGAUGCUGUGCCGCCAGCUGGCGGCCGCCGGCCCAGGGCCCUGUCCAGUGCAUCCAGCCUCCAACGGGACCAGUCCAGCGCCAGCUCUUCCCACCCGAGCACGGAACCUUUAGGGUUCACCUCCACCCUGGUAGCAUCUGCAGCCAUGCAGAUAGCAUAGACUCUUUGCUGCGGAGAAGAAAUAUCCAUUUAACAGCAUCGCCUUGUUAGAAACUUCCCUUCCUGCCACUCUUGUUCCAUAGGAGGUCUUCCUGCGACCCUUGGGUGCCCUGGUACCCACCUUGCUGUGCUUCCUAUUACGCGCUAGCUCUGUACCCACAACUUGGUGCAUGCCUCCCUCUCUGUUGCUUGCAACCCCAGCUAUGCCAGUGAUCACAACUCUGCCACUCAGGCACACCCACCCCACAGCACGCCCAGAGACCAUUGUGCCAUCCCUUCCAGUUCAGCCCCAUCCACGGAUGCUUCUGCGGCACACUCUGCUGCAAGAGCCGGCCACAGCUCCCUGCCUGGUCGCCCUCCUCUCACUGAGGAGCUCUGGAUGGAAAGAAGCCAGUUUGGCCAGGUGGUGGCUUGACCCGCCCACAGCUGGUCACCAGCCCUACCAAGGCCAGUGGAGCAGGCUGGGCCUCCUUCCUGCUGUCAGUGACCAAGUGAUUGCUAAGUGUGGUUGUAGGAUUGUUGGGAGAGGCGUCUCUCCACCCCUACACAGUCCAGUAUGCCCCAUGACUGCAGCAAAGAACUGUCUCCCAGAGGACACCCUUCUGUUCAUGCCUGUCUUUUACUUCCAGAGUUCUGACAGCACCAGGAGUUGGGGGACUCAGGAAUUUGCUUGGUAAACAAGGUCAUUGUGGACCUGACACCCUGGGCAGUUCCAUCAGGCUGCUCCUGAUGGAUUUGUGAUGUCUAUACCAAGAGACAUGGCAAGCUUGAGGGAGGGACACUAGUGACCCUGUUUACUGCCUGAGAUCUCUGUGGAAGGCUCAUAAGUUGCUAGUGUCCAGUCAUCCCUCUGCCCAUGUUGCUCUGGGGUGGGCCCCACCUAGCUCCAGACCCUUCCCUUCUCCAUCCAAGUGCCAUGUGGCCUUUGUCUCAGUCUUUCAGCCACCCACACCAUCUCUAGUCCCCAAAGAUGCCUGUGGCCUGCCCUCACUGGACCUUGGCCAUUAUGUCUAGCCUUUGUCCAAGACUGUCAUAACUGGAGACCAGCUUCUCUUGGAGACAGCAUUAAGGCAGCAUUAUCUACCUCUGGCUGUCCCCACCAGGGUCUGGGUGCCCUUUGUAAAGCAAAGACAUGGACUGCCUUGGUUCUAAUGUGGAGACGGUGCAGAACUGGCCGAUGUUCUGAUUCUGAACAGAGGUGUACCUCAGAGUGGACAGUCUUGGCUUCCUCAGAGAGAUAACCAAGAAAUCAUAUUCUGUGACCAAGCCCUUUGAACUGUGACAUCCUGCCAUAUUUCAAUGCCAAAAGAACCGCAUGUACAAGACCACCUGGACUGGGGAGAUGGGGUGUCUUCCCUGGGUUCUCCUGCCCUUGUCUGAGUAGUCUUGGCUUAACUACAGAAGGACUGCCUUGUGUCCACCCAAAGACGGCCAUGCCAUGGCCCUGGGACCCAUCCUCUCACCCAGAGAGUUUUGAUGCUGCUGGGAAAGGGACUGCGAUCUGAAGCAACUGCCACCUUGCAAAGUCAGGGGUAUCCAGUGGCUGCUGGGAUUCGCAGACCAUAGCACCUGCUCAUUGUAAACUCUGUUAGCCCAGUUGCCCUGCUGAAUAAUGGCCUGGACACAGGCCUCAGGUCUUCUGGAUCGGCCUAGGCCAUUCCAUUGGGACCAUGGUGCUCACUGAGCAGGCACAGAGAGCACACUCCCAGUGGGCGUCCCUGGGUGGGGGCGCUAAUGAGAGAUGCACAGAUCCCUCCCUGUUCUGACUCCAGCAGCUGUAUUGUUAGGACCUGUGCCUGCCAGGUAGAGGUGUACCUAGGAGAACAUAUAGCAGCUCCUAGGGAAAUGGGGGCCUGAUGGGGAAGAGAUACUGGAAGGAAGAUUUCCACGUGGUCAGCCUGGCCAGGGGAGGAGACCAUGAAAGGAGAGUGUAUCUGUCAUGCCCCCUGCUCUGGCUGCCCAGGUGGCUCUGUGACAGUACUGUUUGCCUAAGGUGCUGUGCUUCAGAAUCUGGAAGGCUGGCUACUUCCCCCUCCACAUGUGCUGCCUGGCCUUUUGCAUCUGGGUGGUCCUGCCUAGUGGAGCUGCUGUCCUGUUGUGUCUCGUGAUUUGUUUGUUGUUUGUCCUUGGUGCUUUCUUCUGUGGGCUUGAGUCAGUGCUGUCUUGUGUGUAGGACCUUCUCGAUAGCUCCCUGCAACUUGGAACCUGGAGCAGAUGAGAGAGGGUCAGGGCUUGCCCUCCACCUUGGACUUGGAAGAAGAUUGCUUGGAGGUGCUAAAGAGCCCAUCGUGGCUCUAGGGACAUCUUAGUCCUCAGCCAGAGGAUGAAACCCAAGGCCCAUGUAGCCUCAGAGGGAGAACACAGAGACUGGGGUCCAAGCUGAGGGGGAAAGUGGGGAAGGAAGGUGCUUUGUAAAUAUUUUGGGGUUAUAAUUUGUCUAAAUUUUAAGAGAGCAGGACAUGACAGGGACAAGCAGUGGCGUUAAUCAGUGCACGUGGAGGAGUUUUACAUGUCUCAUCGCUGUUGAGACAUUGUGACCACCCUCUGGUCUACACGUACCUCGUCUGGUAAGUAAGCUUCAUUGUAUUGUAGGGUAUACUUGGAGAUGGGGUUUGGCAGAGUGGUGACUCCAGGUUUCGUGUGUAGUGUGACCUGGCAGAACUUCAUGUCCUAAAGCAUUUCGGUGACUUCUAGGAAACAGCCAAGACACGUUGCGUUGGCCACAGGUGAGUAUGUGAUGAGGUUUGAAAAUACUCUGUGGUGGUGCCAAAGGACUGCCCUGGCUCACAUGCCUGCUGUCUUGAGGAUAGUCACCGCUGAUCCAGCAUGGCAUGAGAAGCUGGCAUGGGCUGAAGUUGACCUAGCAGCAAGCCGGGGUCACACUGCAAAGGACCCUCUGAGGAAGAGCUUUGAGGGCAGAGGGCAGAGGCCUCUGUCCUCCAGCUUAGAGGUAAGACUCAGUUUCCCUCUGCUUGGUGAGUGUUUGCUAAGCCCCAUAGGAUGGGGCUUCUGGGGGAGGAAGCAAGAAUUGGGGAGGUGGGGGAGGGAGUGCUGCAGUUCCCCUUCCUCAGGGUGCUGGGAGCUGCCACCCUCACUUAUCUCUCCCAGACCUGAUGUUGGAUUUGGUGGCAGCUGGCCCAGCACAGAAAAGGUAGAACAGAGGGGAGGAGACCAGCUCCUCACUUAAUGGUACUAACACCUUCUUGCCCCCUUGGCCUCAUUAAUGUAUGUUACAGAAAUUUUGGAAAUCAAGGAGAGAAAAGGUGCCCCCUACCCCCCAUUUUCUUUACGUUUUCUGUAGUUGGAACACUGCCUUUGGUAGCUCUGUGGUAUGACUGUCCACUGAACACAUCCCAGGCAUCCCCCGUGCUGUCACUUCUUUACUUUGAAAUAGCCGUGAACUCUUCCACCUGGCAGAGGGACAGCAAUGCCAAGUGGCGUCAAUGCUGUUAGAAGUUUCACUGUUAAAAGCUGAUGAAUAUCUGUGCAGAGGUUUUUGUUUUUCUGUGCUCCCCUCCCACCAAUGUCAAGUUAUUUCCUUGGGGUCGAUUCCCAGAGGUGGGUUUAUUGAAUUAAAGACUGUGAAGACCUUUGAGGUUUUUAUUACCUACUGACAAAAUGAUUUCCAGAAAUCUCUGUGUCCGUUUACCCUGCCACCAGCAAGGGUGAGCGUGCCCCUCUGCUCCUGGGCCUUACCAUCGCACUAAUGUUUGCUAAUUUCAUAACGAAAAAACGGCAGUGCUUUAGUCUGCAUUUCUUUGGGUUUUAGCUCAGUUGGAUACCUUUUCACACUGAACAACUGUAUUUCUUCUUUUGUGGACUCUGCUCUAUUGAUGGGGGUCUGAUCGAUUUGUAUGAGUUCUUUCCGUAUUAAAGAUACUAACCUGGUGUGUGUCAUUGCUGCAGAUGUUUCCAGGUUCUUACUUUGUGGGUAUAUUUUAACUUACUGAGAUCUUGACAUAUGCAGUCAGUCAGUCCCUCUCUAGCACAGUGUCUACUAGGCUAUGAGGUGAAGCAGACAGUUGUGUUUUGUCUGUUGUUCGCAGCUGCAUCCUAGCACUUCAGCAACACCUGGGGGACAUUUGUCACAUCGUUUGCACAAGCGUGAGACAGGCCUUGGGGUCUGCAGGUGGUUAAAGGGAUGGUCCCUGCUACCGUGUUUGUGGCCCAGGAGCAGUUCUCAUACUUGUGGGGCAUAGGAUCUCUGCCUUCUUAGUCAUUGAGGACCCCAAGGAGUUUUUGCCUAGAGAGGUUUUAUUGCCAUGUUAUAAAGUUUAAAAAUAUUAAUUUAAAAAUAGGAUGAAACUCAUGGCAUGUCAACAUAAACAUCACAUUUUAAUGAAAACUGCAUUUUCCAAGACAAACAAUACAUCGGUGAAGAAGAGUGGCAUUGUUUGACAUUUUUACAAAGUUCCAUGUCUGACUUUACUAGAAGGCAGCUGAGGUCUCAGAACUGCUUCUGUACUUUCUUUGGCAAGACCAUGUGUCCUAAAGCCUCUGAAAAAUUCCAUGGUGCCCUCGUGAGAACAGUGGGAGAGGUACACGACAUUUUGUAGUAUUAUUUGAAACAGUUUUAGGUCACAGCCCAGAAAAGGGCCUUGCCCCGCCUAAGCUCUGGUCUGCAUCCCAUGUGGCCUAUGUGGUUUCUUUCACUGCUUUAAACUUUGGGUCUUUUUUCUCUCUCAAUAAACAGUUAUUUCUGGAAUUAAUUUGCAUGAAAUGCAAGAUGAGGUUCUGAAUGGCCUUUCAAAGAUUUAAAUACCCCGACAUCGACAUCAUAUAUUCAGGUCUUUCUCUCCCUCAUGCAUGUUCUUUCCUUCUUGGGUCACGUGGAACCUCAUGGAUCAGAGACCCACUUUCUGUCUCUUCAGUGGAUCUGUUCAUUUUGCCCAGUGCCCCCUAGUUUGGGUUUUAUUAUUUAUGCUCAGAUCUGCUCAGGUUCCCCCUCCCCCACCAGAUUUUCUCAGCUGUUCUCGCACAAGAUGACUAAAACAAGGAAGUCCAAUGAAGUCUGGAAAUCCCAGUAGCAGGUACAGAGCUUGGAAAAGCAUCAUAGCUCUGGCGAGUUCCUGUAGAGUCAGGGCAGCCCCCAGAAACCCUGCUGUCAAAGGCUGGGUGCCCUUUCCUCCAGCGGGCAGAAGGUCCAGCCCUGAUUUCCACAAUGCAUGUCCUGUAACUACUGCCAGGUGGGACUGGUGGUAAACGUGUGUGUCCUGGCAGCUCACCUGUUGCCCUGCUGUGCCCAAGGUGAGUGUGCACAGUGCCCACCUGGGACACACACACCCACACCUGACCGGAAGUAUGGAGCUGCAGGCCCUGACCCAUCCACUGGCCUCUUCCCUAGUGACUAUAAUAUGUGCUCCUCCUCUGGACUUGGUGUACCUGACCUGGUGGACUCCUGGCCCUUUGGUGGCCCAAAGGCUCCCAUCUGCCCAUGCCGUCUGUAGGCCAGAAGUCUGGGUGUUGCCUUCACCGGUCUCCACCCAGCACCUGCCUUGUUACCAGGGCCUCCAGUGUGUCUCCACACAGUCCUCAGAGCUGCUUUGUUUCACUGCCCUCUCAGGCCUGGAAGGCUGGUCUGCGGCUGACUCCUGCUCCCCCUCAGUGAUGCUGAGACGAGCUGGCACUGCUUGCCUUAGAAACUCUGAUCACUGUCCCCUUGCCCCCUCCCCCACUAAGCUCACACCUAUUAAAAGUUGUCACCUUAUGUUGUCACUGACCUUUUUGGUCUCUCCCACCAGAUGGUGCUCUGUGUACCUAACCCAGUACCUGACCUCUUCAGGGCAGGUGCCAUGGCUGAGCAGUGGAGGGUACAUUACCCACGUCACACAGGCCACCCCGGAGCAGCUAUACACAGGCAGACAAGGUCCCCAAGCCCACAAAUCUCUGGAUUUGCCACAACGGUCCUUUCCUUCGGAAAUUUAACUUGCUUAUGGUUUUUGGGAUGGUAAAUGCUCCUGCAGCCCCAUCCUGGAAUGUUUUUCUAUUGUCAACAGGAUGUGCUGUCAGGAUCCACAGUGCCCUUUGUGUCAACUGAGGGUGCUGCUGAGAGGCAGGGAAGGGUGGUCCCCAUCCUGCUUUUCUCUGACCACUCUGUGGACAUGUAGAGGUUAGGCUGUCUCAGUUGAUCCCACAGACAUCAGUGGCAUUUCCAGUUCCUCAGGGCCACCUGCCCUUGCAGGGCAGAGGGGUUUUUUUUUUCCUGCAAAUAGGUUACUCAUUGAAUAUAUUAGGAAUGUUGAGCUAUACGCUGUUGUAAAUUCCUGUUAGCUGUGAUGGCUAACUAUAUCCCUAGCCCCCACAUGUUCAAAUUCUAAUAGUGUUGGGCAGUGGGGGGCCUCGGGAAGUGAUGAGGUCAAACAGUGGAGCCUUGUGAAUGGACACAACAAAGAGAUAGCCAGCUGGCCAUCUGCAACCUGGAAACAGGCUGUCACCAGACAAUGACUGAGCCAGCGCCUGUGUACUGCACCUCCCAGCCUCAGGACCAUGACAAAUGAGUGUCAUUUUGGCCACCUUGUGAUAGCAGCCCUGACUAGAAACAUUACACUGGAAGCUCAAUGUUUUUUACAAAUUCAAAGUUGAUUCGUUUGGAUUUUUCAUAAAAUUCACAUCUCUUGCAAAGCAUGGCAUUUUCUAUGACUUUGUAAUGUUUUGUAAUUUUAUUUUCUCCUCUUAGCACAUUGACAGAAGCCAGCAGGCAUCCUCUGCACGACCCCUGUCCUGUUGCCAGUGCAAGAUGGUUUCCCAAGCUGACUGUCACUGCUAGGUUUUUUUUUUGGCAGGGGUCUUGCUCUGUAGACCAUGUUGGCCUGGAACUUGUGAUCCUUGCUGGCAUUACAGCUGUGCACCACCAUGCCCGGCUCUGUCAUUGCUAUGAAUGCACACAGGCAGGCCCAUGGACCCCCGAUUCAGCAUGCCGUGUGCUGUUUUGUUGUGGCUGUAUGUUCAGAUGCUGUCUUGGUCUGUUUUUUGUGGCUAUAACAGAAUAUCGUACACUUUGUAAUAAUGGACAGAGGUUUAUCUAUCUUCAUGGUUCUGGAGGUUGGAAGUCUAAGCCUGGCUCUAAGCACCUGGUGAGGGCUGCCUGUUGCAUCACAGCAUGGUAGAGGGCAUUGCGUGGAGAGACAGAGCAAGAUACAAGCUUGGGUCUCUUCCUUUUACAAGGCCACUAAUGUCAUAAUAGAGCCCCACUUUCAUGACCCCAUCUACUCCUAAAUACCUCCCAAAGGCCCCACUUCCCAAUUCUAGUAAGAAUUUGGGGGUUUCCAACGCAUGAGCUUUUGGGGUGGCACAAACCACAGCAGAGGUGCUGUGCACUUUCCCCUUUGGCUGGAUCUUCCUACCCUCAGAUCAUCCACCUACCCCCACCUGAGAUCUCUCAGCUCUUGAGCAGCUCCUGCGUGUUGGGAAGCUGGCUUUCUCUGCUGGCUUUCUCAUUACACUGGAAGCUCAAUGUUUUUUACAAAUUCAAAGUUGAUUCGUUUGGAUUUUUCAUAAA